CUACUUUUUCUAAAAUAAAGAGUAUUAUAUAUUGAUUCGUGGAAAAAUACAUAUAACGUACAGAUUGAUAUGAAGAAAAUUGUCGUAUUUGGCGCCACGGGAAAUACCGGCUUGUGUUCCCUAGAGUAUGCAGUGAAAUCAGGCUACAAAAUAAGAGCAUUUGUUAGAAGUGAGAAUAAAAUUCCUGAUCAUCUUCGAGAUAAAGUUGAACCAAUCGUUGGAGAUGUAACAAAGGCUGAAAUAGUUUCAGAAGCUAUUUCUGGAAUGGAUGGAGUUGUUGUGGUACUUGGUACCAGAGAUGAAAUUAAGCCAACAACUGUUAUGUCUGAGGGUAUGAAGAAUAUCAUUGAUGCUAUGAAAACACAUAAUGUACAGGUGGUUUCUGUAUGCUUAUCAGCAUUUUUAUUUUAUACUCCUGAAAAAGUUCCUACGAUAUUUAAAGAUCUUAAUGAUGACCACCAAAGAAUGUUUGAUCUUGUUAAGCAAUGUGGAUUAAAGUGGAUCGCUGUUUUACCACCACGUAUAACAGAACUACCCAGUUCUAAAUAUACUAUUAAAUAUGAUGAAUCACCAGGGCAUACUAUUUCUAAGUAUGAUUUGGGUGAAUUUUUAGUCAAAAGCCUAGUGCAGCCAGAAUAUUAUAAAAAAGUUUGCGGGAUUGCAACGAAUUCUUAA